CGUGAUGGGAGCAAAAUGCAAAAAGCUUCGCAGUCUGGAUUUGUGGAGAUGUAAAAACAUAACUGAAAGUGGAAUAGCAGAAUUAGCUUCAGGCUGCCAGCUUUUGGAAGAACUUGAUCUUGGCUGGUGCCCUACGUUACAGAGCAGUACAGGCUGUUUCACAAACCUUGCACGUAAACUCCCGAAUUUGCAAAAGCUCUUUCUUACGGCCAACAGGUCCGUGUGUGACACAGACAUCGAGGAGCUUGCUGCUAACUGCACGCGCUUACGGCAGCUGGAUAUAUUAGGGACGAGGAUGGUAAGCCCUGCAUCAUUAAGAAAAUUGCUGGAGUCUUGUAAAGAUCUUUCUUUACUUGAUGUGUCCUUCUGUUCACAGAUUGAUAAUAGAGUUGUCCUAGAACUGAAUGACAACUUUCCUAAUGUAUUCAUUAAAAAGAGUUUCACCCAGUAACUCGCUACAUGUGGUACUGUGAAAUUCGUUUGACAGAGUUGUUUCCUGUGAAUUUGUGCUGACUUUUUUAAAGAAGAACGUGAAUCCCCUCUGAAAAAGUGGAAAUUAUUAAUUACCUACACAAAUGGGUAAAAUACAUUU